UCUGGCUGUUGCUGCGCGCGGACACACAGACAGACAAGGACGCUCCAGAGCCUCGAGCUGGGGGGACGGACGGCGGUUCCACGCGCGCUACCGCUCCGUGAAACGUUCACAGCCACCUGGAAGAGACGGUGGAAGCUAAAGACUCGGAGGAUUUUGGACUUGGAGAAGAACUUUAUAACAUAACGCGAUCUUUGUGGAAUAACAAACACAGAAACAAACUGAAAUUGGAUUUCCCGUGCUGAAAUUAAAGAGGGGCGUCUUAUGUUGGAACUACAGAGUCCGUGAAUACACUGGGGGAUUUUCUGAAUUCAUAUUACGCACUGAAAACACAGUCGGAACUAACGGACAUCCACAACUCCUUUGUGGUUGUUUCUCACUCCUUUAUCGCAAUAACGUUACACUGUUUUUGCUCGAAAUCCUCUCCAACAAUAAUGCGUUUUGUGGACUUAUCCUAGGACUUAUCGCCAAGCUUUUGGAUUUGGGAACUGUUAACGCACGGACCUCAGACUACUGACAAUAUGCAUCCAAAGGACUUGUAACUUACUUAAGAGGUUCCUGUGAAUCUCGGAGUCGACUAAUGCAGCCAUGGACCAAUCGCUGGAUCUUUGAGCACAACUUUCCUCCCACACCUCCGCCACUACAUGUUUUUACUCCUCCCCUUUCUCCACCACAUCUUCUUCCUUUGCCUCAAACAGCUGUAAGUUAAGUCCUCCAGAAACUAAAUUACUUUUAUCUCCUCCUUACCUCUACCUACAAAACCAUGACAAGCAUUGUUUCUUGGAUUCCUGGCCAUGCGAGGUGGCCUUUCCCAGGGCUACUCUUUUAUUUUGUUCCCUUGUUGCUAAUGGAGAGUUGGUGUCAGGCAGCCCCUUCAGGCCCAGAGUCAGAUUCUUGCUCCACUUUAGUCCAGAACCGCUUCUUUGGCUUCUUCCUAUCAUCUUCAGUGUUCCCCACAGUGCCUUGCUCCUGGACCCUCCAGAAUCCCGAUCCGCGGCGCUACACUAUCUUCAUUAAGGUGUCCAAACCUACAGAGAACUGUGUGCCCACACAGCUGCGCACUUUCCAGUAUGACUCCUUCCUAGAAACCACCCGCACCUACCUGGGCAUGGAAAGUUUUGAUGAGGUUGUGAGGUUGUGUGAUACCUCUGCACCAGUGGCCUUUCUGGAGGCCGGAAAGCAGUUCCUCCAGAUGAGAAAGGGACCUUCACGGAUCGCUGCGUCCUUCAAUGACGGUGACGGAGAUUUCAAAACAGAGUACCUAGUUGUAGGAAAACGCAACCCCAGCAUGGCGGCCUGUCAGAUGUUGUGCCAGUGGCUUGAGGACUGUUUAGCCUCUAGCACAUCCAACAGGCCCUGUGGCAUCAUGCAGACUCCAUGUUUGUGUUGGGAGCCUCCUCCACAGCUCAGUGAAACCGGUACCUGUUACCACAAUGGAGUUUACCUGGAGAACUGUUUACCCAGGCUGCCAGGCAAAGACUUGGAGACAAACGGUGGAUGGAGUAUGUGGGGUCAGUGGGCGCAGUGCAGCAGUGAGUGCGGAGGUGGGAUUCAAACACGGACCAGGACCUGUCAGUCACCUCCAGAGGAAUCGUACCUGUGUGAGGGUGUGGUGGAAGAGGGUCGUCCAUGCAACUCACAGCCCUGCACUGGCACUGGCAAAGGUCGCCAUCUUUCGCGCAGCCAAUCACUUCGCUCGGUGGACAGCCGCAAGCGCGACGAUGUAGACAAGACCCGCAGCGGACAGCAGAGUCCUCAGACAGUAGACUCAGCUUCAGGUGAGGAGUGGUCAGCGUGGAGUGUGUGUUCUGCCACGUGUGGGGAGGGCUGGCAGAGUCGCACUCGUUUCUGUGUGUCCUCCUCGUACAGCACCCAAUGUAGUGGGCCAUUGCGAGAGCAGAGACCUUGCAACAACUCUGCUGUGUGUCCAGUGCAUGGCUCUUGGGAUGAGUGGUCGCCAUGGAGUUUGUGUUCGUCAACCUGUGGCCGAGGUUACAGGUCAAGAACACGAAUCUGCACUCCCCCUCAGUUCGGGGGCGAUCCCUGUGACGGCCCAGAAAAACAGACCAAAUUCUGCAACAUAGCAGUGUGUCCAGUUGAUGGAGUCUGGAAUGAAUGGUCCAGCUGGAGCUCCUGUUCUGCCUCCUGCUCUAACGGGACCAUGCAGAGAACGAGGGAGUGCAAUGGCCCCUCAUACGGAGGCUCCGAAUGCAGAGGAGAGUGGCUAGAAACUGUUGACUGCUUCCUUGGAGAGUGCCCAGUGGAUGGCAAGUGGCAACCGUGGUCCUUAUGGUCCGGCUGUUCUAAAACCUGCGGAGGUGGCAGUCAGCAGAGAAACCGCAUUUGCUAUGGGCCUUUUUUUGGAGGGCAACCUUGUCCUGCUGAACGCGAGGAAAUCCGACGGUGCAAUGAGAAGAGAUGUCCAGAACCGCAUGAGAUCUGUGCUGAGGACAACUUUUCGAAUGUUGUGUGGAAGAUGACUCCAGCUGGAGAUACGGCAGCAGUGCGCUGUCCUCCAAAUGCGAUGGGCCUGAUCCUACGGCGCUGCACCCUGGAUGAGGAGGGUAUCGCUUUCUGGGAGAACCCCACCUACAUGAAAUGCAUCUCCAAUGACUAUCGCAGCAUACAAACCUUGACUCGGGAGCAUUUGUCCAAAGCACAGCGUGGCCUUGUGGGAGAUGGUGUGUCAGAGGUGAUGACCAAGCUGAGAGUCACAUCCAGCGAUGGGACCAGCUACAGCGGGGACCUGCUUGCCAUUGUUGACGUGCUGAAGAACAUGACGGAAAUUUUCAGGAGGGCGUACUACAGCCCCAGCAGCGCAGACAUGAGGAACUUUGUGCAGUCUGUCAGCAAUUUGUUGAUGGAGGAGAACAGGGAGAGAUGGGAGGAAGCGCAACUGCUAGGACCAAAUAUCAAAGAGCUGUUUCGUCUGGUCGAGGACUUUGUGGACGUCAUUGGGCUGAGGAUGAAAGACUUUCAAGACAUGUAUGAAGUCACCGAUAACCUAGUGUUGAGCAUCCACAAGCGUCCAGUGGUGGGUCACGCAGAUAUCAGCUUCCCUAUGAAGGGCUGGAGGGGGAUGGUAGACUGGGCUCGCAACUCUGAAGACAGAGUCACUAUCCCCAAAAACAUCCUGUCCACUGGCUCACCAGAUUCUGAGGAUUCCUCCACAUUUGUAACUGGCGUUGUUUUAUACAGAAACCUGGGCAGCAUCUUGACUCUGCAGAGGAACAGCACUGUUCUUAACUCCAAGGUUUUGUCAGUGACUAUAAAGCCAACCCCUGUUUCCCUGUCUGCUCCGGUAGUAGUUGAGUUCUCCCACUUGUACAACGGCACCACCAACCAGACCUGCAUAUCGUGGGACGAGAGUGACAGCUCCUCUCUGCUGGGAUCCUGGUCUGCCAGGGGCUGCAAAGCCGUGCUAGUCGACUCAUUCAGAACCAAAUGCGUGUGUGACAGACUGUCCACCUUCGCCAUUUUAGCGCGGCUAAACCCCGACAUGAACAUGGAUAAGACGCAGCUCCCGUCUGUGACGCUAAUUGUUGGCUGUGGAGUGUCUUCGCUGACAUUGUUGCUGCUCAUCAUCAUCUAUGUGUCAGUCUGGAGGUAUAUUCGCUCCGAGCGCUCAGUCAUCCUCAUUAACUUCUGCCUGUCUAUCAUCUCCUCCAAUGCCCUUAUUCUCAUCGGGCAGACGCAGACUCGUAAUAAGGUCUUGUGCACGCUGAUCGCUGCGUUCCUUCACUUUUUCUUCCUGUCCUCGUUCUGCUGGGUUCUGACGGAGGCGUGGCAGUCGUACAUGGCGGUGACGGGCCGCCUCAGGAAUCGCAUCAUACGCAAACGUUUCCUGUGUCUCGGCUGGGGUCUCCCCGCACUGGUCGUGGCUAUCUCAGUGGGAUUCACCAAGGCAAAGGGAUAUGGAACGCCAAGCUACUGCUGGCUGUCUCUGGAAGGAGGGCUUCUUUAUGCAUUUGUUGGACCAGCUGCAGCCGUCGUCUUGGUUAACAUGGUUAUUGGGAUUCUCGUUUUUAACAAACUGGUGUCCAAAGACGGGAUUACUGAUAUGAAACUAAAGGAGAGGGCGGGGGCUUUUCAAACAGGAACCCUUCAGUGUCAGAAGCCCCCUCCCAUGUCAGCAGUGAUUGGUCAGAUGACAGUGCCACUGUACAAUAUGACGCUCAAAUGUGCCAAGUGCGGAGUUAUCUCUUCGGCUGACGUUUCCACCACAGCUACCAGUAACGCCAUGGCAUCGCUGUGGAGCUCCUGCGUAGUCCUGCCCCUUCUGGCCCUCACGUGGAUGUCAGCUGUCCUCGCCAUCACUGAUCGGCGCUCGGCACUCUUCCAGAUCCUCUUCGCUGUCUUUGAUUCGCUGGAAGGCUUUGUCAUCGUCAUGGUGCACUGCAUCCUUCGCAGAGAGGUUCAGGAGGCUGUAAAGUGUCGUGUGGUGGACCGGCAGGAGGAUGCUAAUGGGGAUUCAGGAGGAUCUUUCCAAAACGGCCAUGCUCAGCUCAUGACUGACUUUGAGAAAGACGUUGAUAUGGCUUGCAGAUCAGGCACAAUGAAGCGCUCGUCUCUCCAGGGGGAGGAUAAGGCUUCCUCUGGGACCAUCACAGUUCAGAAGGGCUCCAACUUUAACACCAUGCCAGCCAGCAUGGCUAAGGUUCACCUCCAGAAUGUGGGUGACUACAACAGCCACACUUUGACUCUGCGCAGGGAGAAAGGUGCUGCGAAGGGAAUCAGCACAGAGCUGCCGGGUGCUAAAUCCAUCUAUAUCUGCGAGGGCGAGCUAUUCAAACAGCUGGACGGAGAGCUGCCUCGAGGGAACGGGGAAGGUAGCAGCUCUGAGGGUGCUGGCAAAGGCCCGGGGUAUGUUAUUUUACCAGCCAACAGCACAGGCACGCUGAAGCCGGCCAAAGGUAAAGACGAGCAGGCAGCCAAGUAUAACAUCAACAUCGAGCAGCUGCCUCAGUCCCGGCUCAUACACUUGGCUAACCCUGCUAGUGGAGAGCCCGUGCCUGGCUUCGGACUGAAGACCCUACCUGCUGCCCAGGUCAGUGUGUCGUGCUCUGACAGAGACUCGCCGGCACACAACCUGUCCAGAGACUCCCAGGUGGCCAACAGCAUGUGUGAUGCGGGAGAUUCCGGGAACUCUGGAGCGAUGUCCAAGAGCGAAACUGUGUCUACACUGUCCAUGAGUUCACUGGAGAGACGAAAGUCGCGCUAUGCAGAGCUUGACUUUGAGAAGAUUAUGCACACCCGGAAACGCCACCAGGACAUGUUUCAGGACCUGAACAGGAAGAUUCACAGUGCAGACAAGGAUAGAGAAUCUCCACCUGUUGACGCCAAAGCUGCCAAAAGAUGGAGUGUGUCCUCUGCCAGCAGCGACAAGACCAACAUGAGUGACAAACUGCAGACCCCGAGUAAGAGGGCAUGGGAGGGCAUAAGGAAGACACACUCCCCCCCAUCCUGGGUGAGGAAGGACCUGGAGACAGUGGCAGCCUCUCCUCUUGAGCUACAGACAGUGGACUGGGAGAAGACCAGUGCCACCAUUCCUCUGGUAGGCCAGGAGAUCAUGGACCUGCAGACAGAGGUGUGACCCGGAAUCUGGCCUUGCACCCCAAAUCAUUAUUUUUUUUCAUUGUUUUCUGCCUUUUUCACUCGCUCCUGUUCUCCAAGAGAAACAUUCAGACACCUCAAACACACUGCCCUGCUCUGUAUUUGUACUCGAAUGCUGGGUGAAGUCUGCUGAAAGACUGUGGGGGGAAUAGGUCUAGGACUAUACUACAAAACCAGAAAAUCAAUAUAACCAUUUAAAGAGAGAACGGGAACAUGUUGUCUUUCUAUGUUGUUUAAUUUGAUGUUUGGACUGUGUUCAUGUCGGCACAAUGCCGGUCAUCUUGUAUAUGCUCUCAUAUGGGAAACAGGUUGCUGCUGUAGCUGGAUCAGCUGCCGUAUGUGCACCCUGUAAUAAAACAGCAUAGCAAAGGUAAUCAUGCAACGUUCACGCCUGUAUUAAGUGGUUACAAUGUAAUGAUCAUUAUGAUGUCUUUAUUUUGGUUUAGUUUAACUCUCUCGCUUCCCAGCAAAUGCUGAUGUUGUACACACCUCAAGAUGCCUCUGGAUUCAUUUUCUUCUUUAACCUCUGAAAAGGCAAAACAACUUUGAGGAGGCAGAACUGCGAAAUACUUCCCCUCAAGUCCCUUGAUGCUGUUGUCUCAACCCACACCUCACCCCAAUCACAGAAUACAAUUAAUUGUCCCCUAUCUCAAUGGAACAAGGUCACAGGGGGCAGGAAAAAAAACAAAGAUGCCAAAAUGGCAGGUUGCCUUCUCAUUGACGGACAAUUGAAAGAAAGGAGUAUGGUGCCAGUGGGCUUUACACUCAAAUGGGCCCUAAACCUUGAUGCCGCUAACAGAGGGACAACAUGGAUGUCAGGCAUCUUUUAAAGGAGCCACAUUCAACAAUCACACACCGUGUGAGUCAGUUUCUCAAUGUACAAGCAGGCUUGGUACAGUAUAGUGAAUGCAAAAUCUAAUGGAAAGAAGUAAUUGUGUGUAUUUGUAUAUGCGUGGAGUGUUGGGUGAAAAGUAAAUGAUUACAUCUAUAAAUAUAUAUGAAAUGAUGGUUUAAGGGUUAUGAUAUAUUGAAGGGUAGUGACAUGAGGCCAACGUAGUUUGGGGGGAAUGGUGGUUGCACACAGAGAAAGCACAAGGCUCAUUUGGAGUCCUGAUGUACAGCAUUGUAAUUAUUUCAACAGAGUUCUAAAGAAUGGAUUUUAGCCUCUAAAUAUCUUUCUUACUGUGCUUGGGGAUAGUUGUUAUCAUUAUUAUAAAUAUGAACAUGAUUAUUCUGAUACUGCUCCUCCACAUUCCCGCUCUCCUGUCCUUUCAGGGUACUGGACUAUAUGAGUGUUCUGUAUCACAGUGUAACAGUGUGUGUUUUGAUAUCACCACCAGUCACGCCCUUAGAUCUGUAUUUGUCCAAAACCUGAUCGCCAAGUCCUUGCCUCCAACCUCUGAACCCCUAAUAUGCACCCCGCCCUGCCACACGCCCUCCUCCCACCGACCCUCACUCCCCUUUUUAUUUCACUGGGGUCGCCUCUUUGUUAAUGUACAGUUUUCAGAGCACAAAAUGAAUGUGUCUUAUUUCUAAUAAAAGCAUAUCUAUAAAAUAAA